AUGGUUUCUGCAGGUGGUGCUCAUACAGUGCUUCUCCGAAGUGAUGGCUGUGCAGUUGCCUGCGGAUGGAAUUUUAAUGGACAGUGCAACAUUCCACCUUUGGAUGCGGGUGCGACAUACAUCCAGGUUUCUGCUGGUGGUUGUCAUACAGCACUUCUCCGAAGUGAUGGCCGUGCCGUUGCUUGUGGACAGAAUGCGCGGGGACGAUGCAACAUUCCCCCUUUGGAUGAGGGUGUGACAUACGCCCAGGUUUCUGCAGGUGGUUGCCAUACAGCGCUUCUCCGAAGUGAUGGCCGUGCGUUUGCGCAUGGACUGAAUGGUCACAAUGAAUAUAACAUUCCCUCUUUGGAUGCGGGUGGUGUGACAUACACCCAGGUUUCUGCAGGUGAUUCUCAUACAGUGCUUCUCCGAAGUGAUGGCCGUGUAGUUGCUUGUGGAGACAAUGAAUGCAGACAAUGCGACAUUCCACCUUUGGAUGAGAAUGUGACAUACACCCAGGUUUCUGCAGGUGGUUGUCAUACAGUGCUUCUCCGAAGUGAUGGCGGUGCAGUUACUUGUGGAGACAAUGAAAGCAGACAAUGCGACAUUCCACCUUUGGAUGAGAAUGUGACAUACACCCAGGUUUCUGCAGGUGGUUGUCAUACAGUGCUUCUCCGAAGUGAUGGCGCUGAUGCUAUUGUUCUAAUCUGUUUUGGCUUGGACGGGCUGGAAGUGCUGCGCUUAAGGGCCAGUGGAGCUGACUUAGCCGCAGAGGCUGAUGAGCAACAGCUUCGUGUAGUCUUGCCCGAUGGGCAAUUGUUAGAGGCAGUUUGUGCCGCAGAACCAUCUGUCACACUUGACAUUGAUAUCAAACAAAAGGUUGUAGAAUCUUCCAAGGGCAUUGUAAGGGGUCCUGGAGAGACUUCUGAUAUGGUUUCUGCAGGUUAUUUUCAUACAGUACUUCUCCGAAGUGACGGCUGUGCAGUUGCUUGUGGACGGAAUGAUUACGGACAAUGCAACAUUCAACCUUUGGAUGCGGGUGUGACAUACACCCAGGUUUCUGCAGGUGGUUAUCAUACAGUUCUUCUCCGAAGUGAUGGCUUUGCAGCUGCUUGUGGACACAAUGAGUGCAAACAGUGCAACGUUCCACCUUUGGAUGAGGGUGUGACAUACGCCCAGGUUUCUGCAGGUGGUUGCCAUACAGCGCUUCUCCGAAGUGAUGGCUGCGCAGUUGCUUUCGGACAGAAUGUUGAAGGACGGUGCAGCAUUCCUCCUUUGGAUGAGAAUGUGACAUACACCCAGGUUUCUGCAGGUGGUUGUCAUACAGUGCUUCUGCGAAGUGACGGCUGUGCAGUUGCUUGCGGACGUAACCUUGAGGGACAGUGCAACAUUCCACCUUUGGAUGAGGAUGUGACAUACACCCAGGUUUCUGCAGGUGAUUUUCAUACAGUACUUCUCCGAAGUGAUGGCUGUGCAGUUGCUUGUGGAGACAAUGAAAGCAGACAAUGCGACAUUCCACCUUUGGAUGAGGGCAUGACAUACAGGCAGGUUUCUGCAGGUGGUUGUCACGCAAUGCUUCUCCGAAGCGAUGGAAGUGCGGUUGCUUGUGGACAGAAUGACUGGAGACAAUGCAGCAUUCCUCCUUUGGAUGAGAAUGUGACAUACACCCAGGUUUCUGCAGGUGAUUAUCAUACAGUGCUUCUCCGAAGUGAUGGCUGUGCCGUUGCUUGCGGAAGUAAUGUGAACGGAAAAAGCUCAAUUCCAGCUUUGAAGUCAUGGCGUCAGUGGCUUAGCUUUCAGUCUCCAAGCCUUCGUUACAUUUCUGAUUUGAAGCCACUUGGGAGAAAGCCAGAGCGUGUUUUGCAACUUUGCUUCAAUCGCGAAGCUGAUGCCAUUGUUCUAAUCUGUUUUGGCUUGGACGGGCUGGAAGUGCUGCGCUUAAGGGCCAGUGGAGCUGACUUAGCCGCAGAGGUUUCCAGUCAGCUUGCGUUGCAGGCUGAUGAGCAACAGCUUCGUGUAGUCUUGCCCGACGGGCAGUUUCUAGAGGCAGUUUGUGCCGCAGAUCCAUCUGUCACACUUGCGACUCUCUGUUUGGAGCAAGAGAGGGCAUGAAAA